AUGGACACAGUCACCCACUUCACCACAGCAAACCGAGAAAUCAUCGACAGGGUGCAACCUCGAGCUCAACCGACGCAUAGACGCAAUUCCGACCAGUCGGGCACUGGUAGGUGUCAGCGACACUCCCAACCCUCGCAACAACAACUGACCACUACCUCACAUACCAGUGGCCGAAGACCCGAAAGAUGCCAUCACAUCCUGCGCGUCGACUUACCUGUGCCAACAUCUAGUUGUCAAGACAGGAUUCGUCGCUAG